UUGCAUUUCUUCCUUUCUUAGAUCCCUCGCUUUUGCAUGAAGCGAUUUCCGGUUUCUCAGUUCGAGUUGCAACUUGAAAGCCUUCGAUUACUUCUUUCAGGAUUCGAUAGUUUAUUCUAUAUGCAUUAUGAUGUGAAUGUUGCCUCUCAAGAAUAGAAAACACUGUUGCUCUCGCUCUGUUUUUGUCACUUUUUUUGGCUGUGUUUUUGCUGGAUCACGUUUAUGUCAUGAUUUCCAUUUUCUUCUAUCUUCUGUUUCGAAGAGUUUGUAGGCAUUUCUUUCCGCGUAGAAUCUGCGGAAUGCUUAUGCGUGAUCGAUGGUUUUGGUGUUUGUUUGCCGAGAAAAUUAGGAACGACAUUGAGCGAAGUUUAGAAGCUUACUUCGAGGUAAAGGAAAAAAGAAUCACUGCAGUGCACUCAACUGCAAAUAAUUGAAAAAGAAAAAAAAAAUCUAGCACUGAUAAUUGAGUACAGGGAAUGGAAUAGAUGAUCAUAAAGGAAUGACUCCCAUUCUUCUGUGUCCCAUUCAUGUUCUGCUUAGCAAUUUUGUGUAGAAGAGAUGGAAGCUGGGGAAAGUAACAGUGGUAACGAGAGGCGUAUCAUAUCCAAGGAUUCUUCGUGGUUCAGUCAAUUCAGAAAUGCAUCCAAUCCAUGGAUGGCAAGAUAUGCCUAUGCGUUGAUUUUUCUUGUGUCAAAUCUUCUAGCAUGGGCUGCCCGGGACUAUGGUCGUGGUGCUUUAACAGAAAUGAAGAGAUUAAAAGGAUGCAAUGGUGGAAAAGACUGUUUGGAUGCUGAAGGUGUUUUACGAGUGAGCUUAGGUUGCUUUAUAUUUUUUAUCAUAAUGUUUUUGUCAACUGCUCGCACUUCUAAACUGAACGAUGUGAGAGAUACAUGGCACUCUGGAUGGUGGUCGGUCAAGAUUGCUCUCUGGGUCGUCAUGACUAUCAUCCCAUUUUUACUCCCUUCUGAAUUUAUACAGAUUUACGGGGAUGUGGCUCACUUUGGUGCAGGGGUUUUCCUUCUUAUCCAACUAAUAAGCAUUAUCAGCUUCAUUACAUGGCUGAAUGAUUGCUGUGAGUCCGAAAAAUUUGCAGCAAGAUGCCGAAUUCAUGUGAUGUUGUUUGCGACGACUGCAUAUGUUGUCUGUUUGGUGGGGAUCAUUUUGAUGUACAUUUGGUAUGCACCAAAGCCAUCUUGCCUCCUCAACAUUUUCUUCAUUAGUUGGACCUUAGUACUUCUCCAACUUAUGACAAGUGUGUCUCUGCACCCAAAAGUUGAUGCUGGCAUUCUAACUCCAGGGCUGAUGGGACUUUAUGUUGUCUUCCUUUGUUGGUGCGCCAUUAGAAGUGAACCUGCAGGAGGAAACUGCAUCUGGAAGUCUGACUCUACGACAAAAACAGACUGGCUAAGCAUCAUUAGCUUUGUUGUUGCAGUACUAGCAAUCGUUAUUGCGACAUUUUCAACAGGCAUAGACUCCAACUGCUUCCAGCUCAAGAAGGACAAUACACCGCCAGCAGAGGAUGAUGUACCUUAUGGCUAUGGCUUCUUCCAUUUUGUCUUUGCCACUGGAGCAAUGUAUUUUGCUAUGCUAUUGAUUGGGUGGAAUAGUCAUCAUUCUAUGAGAAAAUGGACAAUUGAUGUGGGUUGGACCAGCACCUGGGUAAAAAUAGUAAAUGAAUGGUUGGCAGUCUGCGUAUACUUGUGGAUGCUGAUAGCCCCAAUCAUACGGAAUAUCAGACGUAUUGAUUCUACCUGAGAACGUCAGAAACAUAAACCAUUCUAGUUUUGAUAUAUUCUUUUUCUAGAAUUACGAUCUUCAGAUAGUUCCAUAUCUCAGAUGUACAUGCAGUGAGACUCCUCCAGCUUUCAGAUAGGAAAAAGAAUUGCUAUUCCAAAACCAAGGAAUUCUCUGGCAGAAACCAUUCUUUUUGAGUGGGCAUUAUACAGAAGCAAUGGAUCUGGCACCAAUGCACAUAUGCUGCUUGGGUUGGUACAAUAUAUAUAAUCCAAGGGAUGGGAUUGAAAUCACCACUCCCAACUUUGUUUCACUUGGUGCCCAUCAAUCAAAGCCUGACACGUGGAUUAAAAUUUUAAAUAUUUUUUAUUAUUUUUUU